AUGAGCAACAUCCAUGCCACCUACCACACCGCCGAAGAGCUCUCCGAAAAGAGUUCUUCCGGCGCGCAGGAAGUCGCCAACGACCAGCAGCAGCAGCACCACCAUGCGUUCCAGCGCCCGCACCGUCAGGCGGGCCAAAUGGAACUCGGCCUCGCGUCCAUCGUGCAGGAUCGCGAAAGCCCGAGGAGCGUCGUGCCUGCUGCCGGGUUGAGCGACAUGGAGUUCCGGAAGCGAUGGGAGCAGUGGAGACCCGAGCUGCUCGUCGCUUGUGUUGGUGAAAUACUCGGUGUCAUAUUUUACGUCUCUUUCGGAGGGUUUUCACUCGCCACACUGAUUGUCACAACCUACGCCGGCUCGCCACAAGGCUCACUGCUCAACGUUGCGCUGAGCUACGCGCUGGGCAUCGCCUUCGCCGUCAUCAUCGCCGCGCCGCUGUCCGGCUCGCACCUGAACCCAUGCGUGACAAUCUCGCUAUGGCUGUACAAGGGCUUCCCCGCGUGGAAGAUACCGAUCUACAUCAUGUGCCAGCUGCUCGGCGGCCUCCUCGGUGGCUUCCUCGUCGUCGCGUGCUGGCACGACGAGCUGCUCGCCAUCGCCGCCGAGCUGACGGCCAAGGGCAAGGAGGCGGUCAUAUACUCGGCCUCCGGGCCCGCUGGCGUCAUCGCCCUCUUCCCGACGCCUGGGCGCAGCUACGGCGCCAUUUUCGCGACCGAGUUCAUCGCCGACUUCCUCAUCGGUCUGGUCAUCGCGACGCACCUCGACUCGAGCAACCCGUUCGUGUCGCCAGUGAGCGCGCCGAUCAUGAUCGGCCUCGCAUAUUUUGCCAUGAUCGUUGGCCUCGCAUCGGGCGACCUGGCGACGAACACGGCGCGCGACCUGCCGACGCGCAUGGUCUGCGCUGCGUUCUUUGACCCGCGCCAGUGCUUCCCGCCGCGUUACUCGGCACUGACGGCGUUGACAAACAUUCUUGCGACGCUGCUGGCCUUCGGCAUGCAGACGUUCCUCCUCUCUGACACGCGCCGUCCGCCGGCACCCGUCGCGCACCACUUUCUCCUUGAGGAGGAGAAGCGCAAACACGACCUCCACGUCAAAACGCACGAGGACAUGCUCGACCGCCGCAUCCAGAAGGUCAUUAGCCGCGGAGGUGACCCCAGCGCGCUUGAGGCCAAGCGGACCAUCAGUCGCAUGCCUUGA